AGCAGGAACGCGCCGAUGACGCAAUGGACGCUUAUCGUUGUAGACACCUGUUACAGGCAGCAGACUAGGGAGCGACCCGUACAAAGAAGAAUAGAUGGACGGACGCACGCAGAUGAUGCCUUGGAUCUAGACAAACUGAUGAAUGAUAUGAAUAACACGCUGGAAGACUUACAAACUUCUGCGAGCCAGGGACAAAAAGCAGCUAUUUUUUCAAGUGGUAGGAGUAAUGUAAAAGGUUUUCCCAGUACACCUUUGAUAACUUUGCGUUCUCCUUUAUUGCCACCAAGUGCUCUGGAAAAGAAGACUGUUCUUUUAAAGGGAGACAGGAAAAAUGAGGAUCCUGAAGAAACACUGGCAAGCUCAAUUCCAAAUCCUUUUCCAGAAUUGCUUACCUCACCUGUUUCAUCUGUAGUUUGUCAAUGUUUGGUGCCUUGGACUGAAACGAGUAAAAUUCAGGUAAUUAAAGUAUAUAAUGAGAAUGAAACAAGCCGAGCACUUGAAGUACCGAGUGACAUUACAGCUCGAGAUGUAUGCCAGUUGUUCAUACUGAAGAAUCACUGCAUUGAUGAUCAUAGUUGGACGCUCUAUGAACAUCUUCCUUAUAUAGGCAUAGAAAGAACCAUAGAAGAUCAUGAACCAGUUAUUGAAGUGCAAUCUAGGUGGGGAAUGGAAACAGAGAGUCGUCUCAGUUUUAGGAAAAAUUACGCCAAAUAUGAAUUCUUUAAAAAACCGCUGGAUUUUUUUCCAGAGCAUAUGGUCUCUGUUACAGAUGAUCCAAAAGGAAUUCCUAAUCAUUCACAGCUUGUACAGACAUUUCUCAGUUCAAGCACUUGCCCCGAAAUUCACAGCUAUUUAUAUGCAAAAGAACAGGGGAAAAAAUCAUGGAAAAAAGUUUAUUUUGUCCUGAGGCGGUCUGGGCUCUAUUUUUCGAAUAAGGGAACCUCCAAGGAACCCAGGCAUCUUCAGUUCUUUGCUGAAUUCAGUGAGAGUGAUGUCUAUUGCUUGCUAGCUGGACGGAAGAUGUUUGGUGCACCUACUGACUAUGGAUUCUGUAUUAAGCCUAACAAAUCAGGAGGAGCCAGGGACCUGAAACUGCUCUGUGCUGAUGAAGAGCAGAUUCGUACCUGUUGGAUUACAGCCAUUCGACUUUUCAAGUAUGGCAUGCAGUUGUACCAAAAUUUCAUACAUCCUCAUCAGAAACAGAAAACCUCACCAAUUAGAAGCAUUUCAGAAAAUUCACUUGUGGCAAUGGAUUUCUCAGGGCACAAAGGCAGAGUGAUUGAAAACCCAAGUGAAGCACUUUCUGUUGCAGUUGAAGAGGGACUUUCUUGGCGGAGAAAAACCUGCCUUCGGCUCAAUUCACAUGGGAGUCCAUCCACAUCUCAGAGUUCCUCUUCAAAUUUAGCUAUUCACAGAACAUACCCGUGGUUUCAUCAUAAAAUUUCAAGAGAAGAAGCCCACAGAUUAAUUGAACAGCAAGGUCUUACUGAUGGGGUGUUCCUUUUGAGAGACAGUCAAAGUAACCCGAAGACAUUUGUCCUGUCAUUAUGCCACAGCCAGAAAAUUAAGCACUUUCAAAUUUUGCCAUUGGAGGAAGAUGGAGAGCUGUUCUUCUCUAUGGAUGAAGGUCACACAAGAUUUACAGAUCUAAUUCAGCUUGUAGAAUUUUACCAGCUUAACAAGGGAAUGCUACCAUGCAAGCUGAAGCACCACUGUGUUAAGAUUGCUCUAUAAUAAGAGCAUGGCAUUUAUUUUUUUGUUUGCUUUCACAUCUCUUGGAAAUAAGGGUUGUCAAAAACUAAAGGCAUUUUAUGUUCAAAUUAAAAUACGCAUCUAAACAGGGCGCAGUUGUUUUCGAUGUUACUUUUAUAAUAGUGUACAAAAUGCAUAUAGUGCCUUGGACAAAAUAAAACUGAUAAUGCAGCACAGAAGGUUAAUUAUUGUAGGUUUCUGCUGAAGAAGCAUUGUCGUUUUUAGUUUAUAUGUGUAUUUCAGUAACAGUAAAUAUGUCAUUCUCAAUAUACACAAACCGAUUAAGAAGCAGGGCAGGGUAGAUUUACUAAUCUAACAGUUUAUACAACAUACUACAUUGUUCAGUUGUGUACGAAUAGUGGGCAAUGAUGCAUGAGACUAGCCAUGAUCCUAUGACAAUGUCACUUAAUUGUUGUAGGGCACUUCCUCCAGACAGCAUGUCCCCCGUUCAUACUUGUAUCAAUCCGAGUCUAUUAUAAAUUUUUUAAUAAAUAUUUUAACACUGUACAUUAUUGAACUCAAAAAUCUGUAACCAUUUAAAUAAUUUGGGUUAAACAUUACUGCACAUAUCUAAGUGCAAAUUCAAGAAACUUGUAAGUCAUGUGUCUGAAUGAAUGUUUUUAAAUUUGUAGAAUCAUAAAUAAUCAUAAUGUCUGCAUGACUUACACGGUGUUUGUUUUUCUACCACAGUCACACUUUUCACUCAGUUUGAGAUUUGAAAAUUGGUAAGUAUAAAGCCAACAGUUGAAGUGCCAUUGCUAGUUUAUGUACCAUACAAAGUUGAACUAUUUAUUUCGAAGUUUUGUUUAAAUUUGAUAAAGUGGAACACACAUUCUUCCAAUGCUUUGGUUAACAGGCACAGAGAUUUUAUUUGUAUAUAAAAUUAUAAGAUGGAAUGCAUGAAAGCAUGUACUCUAUAUGAAUACUGUAGCUCCAAAGUAUUGUACAUAUUUUUCAUUUUACUGUACUGGACUAAUUCUAAAUGUCAUACAGGAGAUUCUGCAUACUUUGUUAUUUAAUUGUUUUAGAACAGUCAUUUUUGAAAAAGACAUGAAAGUGACCCUUAAAGCCCCUUAAAGAAUAUCAGAAACACUUGAGCUUAAGGCUUAGUAAAUCUACCCAAAAACUGUGACAACCAAAAUAUUUCAGAAUUUCAAUAGUAAAAAUAAUUAUUUGCUGCAACUUGCACGGUUGGACUGGCCAUCCCAAAAAAUGGAAAAACCAAAUGCAUGUAUAAGUGCACCUAUAAAUAUUUUCAUACAGAAGAUAAAGCACUUUUUAAAAAAAAAUAAAUAAAUAAAAGAGCAGCAAGGUUUAUAUGUUUGUAGCAAAAGUGAUAGGUUGAUAUGUCAGUGCAUUUAAUUUUUUGGAAAAACAAUGUCAUGGACUGCAAUUUUUUAUAUAAAGACAAUGGAAAUUUGCACUGUUUGUCUCCAGUUUAUUUUUUAUAUACUGUAUCUAUAUACAAAGAUCUGUUCAAGAUUGAGAAAUAACAGAAUGUGUAUUAGGUGUUUAAGGGUUACUUUCCAGUCAUACUAGAUGACGUAUAUGGAAAUGUUAAUUGCACUGUAGUUUAAACACUGGUUUUAUUUUUUAGUUAAAAUUUACUAUCAGUGGCUAUAAGGACUGUUGAAAUCCUAGUAUUUUCUCUUCUUUAAAUUUCUGGGCUAGUACAGUUUAGCUUGUAUUUAAAAUGUCUACAAAAAGCCUAACUCCUGUUUUCAACUGUCAAUAAUCAUUUUUAAUAAAACAAAAAGUAUA